GGCAAACAACAAGUCUCAGCAUGACUGAAGGCCAUCAUUCACCCAAGAGAUUGACCUGCAGGAGCAGUCGAUGUUUAGGAGCGGCAGGUAACCCAUUCCAGGUUCUUGGACGGGAGCUGCAGUAUUAGAGAUUCACUACUGAUCCACUGCUGGACACGUCACCUUUCAAAUUUGAAAUUGAACAAUGAGUUUCCGGCUGCUGUUGGGGGCAGGAACUGGAGCCAUGGCUGCAGUUGCUGCACUCCCUCUGAUUCUGGGGGCAGUGGGCUUCACAAGUACUGGAAUAGCGGCUGGUACCAUUGCAGCAAAAAUGAUGAGCGUGGCUGCUGUGGCCAAUGGAGGAGGUGUUGCAGCUGGAACCGUUGGAGCAGCAGGACUGUCUACUGCUGCUAAAGCAGCCUUGGUGACUGCAGCUGCUGUGGUUGGUGCAAUGUUAGGGCUCUGAAGAGAAGAAUUGCCUUGAGAAAGCUUAAAACAAAUGACAAUCUUUCCUAAAUUCU